AUGGCCCCACCGGUCGCAGUGCGGCGCCUGUCCCCUCAGAGCUCAGCGGCCCCGCUCUGCCGCACCGGCGCCCUCCUGGUCAACGCCUCCGGCGCCGAGCUCCAGCAGUUCCUGGGCGACCUGCGCUACGGCCUCUUCCAGGGCCAGCGCCUCCGGCAGUGUGGCCUCGGCAGCCGGCCCCUGCGCUUCACCUUUUUUCCAGACUUGCUCAGAGUUAUCCCUGCAAGCAUCCACGUGAGCGUCAUCGUCUUCUGCGCCGUGCUGAUAGUCUUCGCCCUGGUGGGAACGGGGUUCUUCAUGUACAACGCCUUCGGCAGCCCUUCCGAAACGCUGCACGGGCCCGUCGGGCUGUACCUGNGGCAGUUUUGCUGCAGGGGCUCUCAGGUCACGAGUGUCUCUCACUGCUUUUCAGGCUCGUGCGGUUGUCUCAUCCUCGUUCUGUUCUCGUCAGAAGUGAAGAUUCACCACCUUUCCGAAAAAAUUGCGAAUUUCAAGGAGGGAAGUUUCACUUUUAAAACUCACAGCGAACAGUUUGCGAGCUCGUUCUGGAUCAUCCUAGUUUGCACCUUGGUGCAUUUCCUGAAUGUCAUCCUAACACGCUUUGCUGGAUUUGAAUUUCCUUUUUCCAAAUCAAAAGAUUCGGGGACAACUACUGGAGCCGCUGACCUGAUGUAUUGAAAACUGCCUACUUUUAAAAACAUUUCCAGCGAAGGCGUUCCUCACGACCACAUUCAUCAGCCACCAAGCGUACUAGCUCCUAAAGAUGUUAACAACGAAAAAAGAUUUCAAAUAAAUGUCGGUAUGACACAUGCAAUGAAAGGAAGGAAAAAAAGAAAAAGAUACAAGGAGCAAACAAGGAGAAAAAAAAAAGGAAGGAAAACAUGAUGUUUAAUGAAGCACAGCCCAGAACGGCCUUGCUUUCGGGGACCACGGCCUCACCCCGGCGCUCU